GGCCGAGGCCGAGGCCGAGGGGCCGCCAUGGUCGCCCGCCCGCCAUAGCCGCCGGGGAGCGGGGUGAAGCUGGGCCUGGGCGACCCCCUUCUCACCUCACCCCCUCGGCCAGUGUAACGGGGAAUACGGGAAGCUGUAGCCCUGCGUCUGGGGCUCUCCCACAGGCGGUUUGACCGCGGGGCGCUGGGAGCCGUUGUACGUGCCGUUCUGCCCCUCACACGCCUCCCCCCUGUUUUCUUCCUCACGGGCGAACUGCUGAAGGCGUCGAUCCCGGCCCGGUCAUGUUGGUGAAUAAGAGGGUGAAGCGCCUCUUGCAGCUGGUGCCUGGGAAGCAGCGCUUCGGCGUUUACAGGUUCCUGCCCUUCUUCUUCCUCCUCGGGGGAGCGAUGGAGUGGUUCAUGAUCAACGUCCGCAUCGGCAAGGAGACCUUCUAUGAUGUCUACCGUAGGAAACGAUCUGAAAGACAGUACCAGGCAAGGAUGGAAAAAAAUGAAUUUUAGCUGGAACAUUUCAAGGGGAAGGUCCUGGAUGCUUCAACUCUGUUAAUACCAAAGAAGCAUUACUGACACGUUGAUGGUAGGGGAAGAUUUUGUCUCUGCAAGAUGAACUGUAAUCCAUAAGUUUGCAUAAUACAGUCUCAGAUGGUUUUGGCAGUUUUAUUCUUCCAUCUACUUCAUAUUUUUAAUAUUUUGCACUGAAGUCAAAUACAAUAACGAAAAGUUCAUUGUGUUUAAGCCUCUGCCACUUAUUUAAUGUUUGUUUAAUACUUUUAAUUAAACGAAACUGAGUAAACAGA